ACAGAGGUCCUGCUGAAAACUAUUUUCCUGCGUUUCUGCUCGCCUAUACAGAUGGAGACUUUUGAAGAUAUUCUAAAAUGGGUGGACAACGAUUUUUCAGCGGACAGCCCCCCAGCAAGGAUAUGUGCUGCAUUAUGGACUCUGAACGACUUUGGAGGAGCCGAUAAAACGAACGGUUUUGUACGAACGGUUUUCCAAACAAUCCAAGAACCGAGGCUAUAACCAGCAGAUCCACACCCCCGGGAACCUCAAGCCAAUCGCUCCAUAAUCUGGCAUUUACGACGCUUCAUAGUCCUUCACGACUCCGCACAACUGUGGCCCAAGUGCAUUGCGCAGAAUCACCCCGGCCCGAGAAGGGCUACAGGGCUGAAAACGUACGGAUUCAAGAACCGGCGAUCUAUGGAUACGACUCCAACGAUACACGCCCGGCAGAAUCUGCAAAACCAGGUGAAAAAAGUAUAGCGCCCUUGGUAUCCACGAUUCAUCAGAACAGCCUGCGUCAAAAAAAACAGAGACUCCUACCCAGCGUAUACAGGCACAGAAGGCCCAGGAUCGAGAGCACGUGAAGGAUUUCGUCGCCCAGGACAUCCACAGUAAAACACUGAAACCGGAUGAUUUCAACGCUUUAAAUGACAAUUCUGAGCUCGACGAUAUGCUGUUGUACGAAGUGGCCAACCAUCUUGAUACAGUGAAUUUUCUGAGGUAGAAACACCAGAUAGGUUUCUCACAGCCUUUUACAGGGCUCUAUAAAAUCCAGAAAGGUCUUGCUACACAAACAAAUGGUGGCUUUACACAAGCGGCAAAACAGUCAAGAUCUAUCUUUCUGACAUAGAACAAUGCCCCGUUUGUUAAACAACAAUCUGAUUAAAAAACGCAAAUACAAGCGCUAAAAACCUAUAUGUAACAUGGAUCCUUCCAGAAUACCACAAGAACACACAUCCUUAAUUAACCAAUUGAAUGAGACCGGGGCGACAGAUCCCAUAAUUCAGACACUUGAAAACCUGUUAUUGCAGAUUCCAGAAGAACUCCUAUCCUUAAUUAACCAAAUGAAUGAGAGCACAAGAUCUUCGACACCAGAACACCCACACACCCCUCCUUUAACUCCCAUGUCCGAGGAGUCUGAACCACAAUACGUUGUUUUUGAGGAAUUGGAAAAUUGUAUAAUAAAUCAGGGGGGCGAUGGUCUUGAUUGAAGUGUUUGGGUUGUGUACCGAAAUAAAUUCAGCAAUGCAGAGAUUCGACAGUUUUUUAAAUUGCACAUGGCUGAAUCAGAACCUUGAUUAUGCAGUUUUUUAUGUGAUGAUAUUGGAUACUCUGAACGAACUGUUAGAUGUCCUCGUGAUGUCCUCGUGACCUCGUGAUGUCUUACAGCUUGAAAUUUGUGGAGAUAGCAUGCAAAACACUGUAUCUCUUGUUUUACCCAAUGGCGCAGCAGAUCUUGAACAAUUUAUAGCCCUGCUGGAACGACUUGUUCAAUCAAAUUUGUCUAUCAUAGCUGAUAGAACCCUCGAGCUCGUAGUAUGUCAACCCCUAGGUGGAGGGGGUCAGAGAAGGAAACUUGAUAGUCUCAUGCAAUCAGAAAUCAUAAGCAAUAGAAGGGCAUAUCUCAGAAACGGUUACAAUCCUGGUGAUCAGCUAUGCUUUGCAAUAGGCCUAUCACAUUUACUCAACCCUGGAUGUACUGAUCUAGAGGCUUUACAAAACGCUCGGGAGCUUCAUAAUGCCGUGGGUCUAGGUAUACAGGAUGCUGUGGCUUUCUCUGACAUAGUCAAAUUUGAAACAUUUCUGAACAUCAAGAUUGUGGUUUUGUACCACAGUAGAGCUAAUGCAGCUCUCUUGAAAUUCCAGAACAACCCACAACCUCAUCCUCAGAUUCUGUACUUUUAUGUGCAAAACGACCAUUAUUAUGCUAUUACCAACAUCACAGCGUUUUUAGGAGCGCCAUAUGUGUGUCCAGCAUGUCAUACAGGCUACACCCGAAAGGGGGGGCACUCUUGUCAUUAUAACUGUUCAGUAUGUCUGGAUGAAACAUGUCCGAUGCAACCCUUAAAACGAACACCCUGUGCGGAUUGUCAACCCACAUGUCGUUCGGCCUACUGCUACGAAAAACACAAAAUUGAAACAUGGCACCCCAAGGCAUGUAAAUCUGUAAGCAGUUGUGACAUUAACAAGAAAUGUCCAAAAUGCCAUUGCAAUUACAACCUUAAAAUAGACAGCCCUAAACCUCAUGUGUGUGGAAUCAUACAUUGCCCAGUCUGUAAAGGGCCUUUGAAAAGCAGAGACGCAGAAGUGGUUCAAGAAGUGCCACACGAGUGUUAUAUUCAGCCCUUGGCUGAUGAUGAACAUUUAGAGAAAUAUGUGUUUUAUGAUUUUGAGACUAAUCAGCAAUCAGGGGUUCAUUUGCCUAUUUUUGUAUCUACCAUGACUUUCAAGGGUGAAAAGUGGUCGGCAGAGGGGCCCAAUUGUGCACUACUCUUUCUAAAACACUUCAGAAAACCCCAGUACAGAAACUUCACGUUUAUAGCUCAUAAUUCUAGAGCCUAUGACUCCUAUCUUCUUUUGAACCCUCUGAUACAACAAGGCGUUGCACCCAGUGUCAUAGCUCAAGGUGUCACACCCUGA